AUGGCCGCUUCAAAUCCCUGCACGCUGACUGAGGUCGCCUCAGAUGCCGACUUCGCCAACCACACCAACAACCUCCCAGAGUCGACCACAUUGGUCAUCUACUUCCAUGCCCCGUGGGCCGAGCCAUGCAAGCAGAUGUCCACCGUCCUGGCUACUCUUGCCUCCACCUACACUGCUAGUUCACCGCCCACCAUCACCUUCCUGGCUCUUGAUGCCGAAGAACUCAGCGAUGUCAGUGAGCACUACGACGUCACCCAGGUCCCCUACAUUGUCAUUCAGAAGGCCGGCAAGGUCCUCGAGACCAUCUCUGGCGGAGACGCCUCUCGCGUGCGCGCCGUGGUAGAGAAGCAUGUUGGUUCCGGCAGUGGCAACGCUGGCGGUGCAGGCUUGCCUCCAGCACAGCUUGUCAACAAGCCCGAAGGAGGCAAUGCAAAGAACCUGUCUGCCUAUGCACCCUCAACAAACGACCAAACUACCGCCCCCGAGUAUUCGGCUUCUGAGGCCAACCCUGAGACGAGCAAGGAGGAAUUGAACAACAGACUCGGCGAGCUGGUCAAGGCUGCUCCCGUCAUGCUAUUCAUGAAGGGCACCCCUUCGGCCCCGCAGUGUGGUUUCUCCCGCCAAACUGUCAGUCUUCUUAGGGAGAAGGGCGUCCGUUAUGGAUUCUUCAACAUCUUGGCCGACGACGACGUGAGACAGGGUCUCAAGGAGUUUGCAGACUGGCCUACCUUCCCUCAAGUUUGGGUUGGUGGCGAGCUGGUUGGUGGUCUCGAUAUUCUCAAGGAAGAGUUCGAGAACGACCCAGACUUCUUGAGCGACUACUCGGUCAGCGGCAAGAAGGGUGGUCCUGCUGCUUAG